AUGGGUAUCGAAGAUGACAUAAAUUGUUUGUUUCAAAAGACAGAUACGGCGGAUACAGUGGACUUAAGAUAUUGGUCAUCAUAUAAGGGAUACUACGAGGUUGCUUUUCAAGAUGAUCAAAAGGAUGUCAUGUAUGUGUUUGCUGUCCAAGAAGGGCUAACGAAUAAUCCUAUAGUUGGAAUGAUAACAUUUGCCGAUAUCACAAGGCAAUGUGAAGAGCAAGGGAUUGUAUCUACUGCGAGUGUCAUUCAAAUAUGGGGGAGGGUCAAGAAUUGUCUUUUGCAAGACACCUUAGAUGGAUUCAAUAUUUCAGAAUCUCAGUUUAAAAUAUCUGUUAAGAUAUCUGGUUUAAUGAAAGUAUUCUUUAUUAUCCAUUUUAUCGAGAUUAAAGAUUGUAAACUAGUAUCUACUAUUAUGGGAUCUUUAAUAAAGUACGUAACAACUAUUGCCCAAUUUUGCAUGGAAGAAACACGAAAAGUUAUCAGCAUUAUGAAAGAAAAAGAUAAGAAUAUUGAGUAUCUCAAAGUUCUGGUAAAGGACCUUGGAGGAGAGCAGAUUCUACAAAAGCAUGCUCCUAUUGGUUCGUUUAAUCAUGAAGUACUUAAACCGUUCGAUCAAACACAUCUUAGGGAUCUUAUCCUUGCUGAUAAGCAGGACAAAAUUCAAGUGGUCAAUAACGGUAAUAUAUUUGAUGUUGGGAAAUCAUAUAUCAAUGAUAUUAAGAGUUCAAUCGAUGAGCAAUAUCUUAAUUCAGUUCUUCCAAAGGGGCCUGAAAUUUUAGUACCUGGGAAUAGUAAAACAUUACAACUAAAACAGACUUGUACAGGUAAGAGACCUUUGAAACACCACGUUCAUAAAAAUGAUAAACAUGAAAACCUGUCACCCAUUGUCAGACGUGAUGGUAUGCCAAACAAAAAAUCUAAUUCAUCGGAUGUGCCGGGAUCUCCUACAAAACCAACUAAGAUACGUAAGUUUGGUAGAGUUAAAACAGGUAAACCGCAUUAA